GUUAAAGAGUGGCCAGGCCAUGUGACUUCGUGAUUCUGUCGCGUUUGGCAUCACAAAGAAUAACGGUAUCGCCAGGUCAAGCUCUACCACAGGAACACGCCGUGUGCUCUGCAUAAUCCUUCUACAAAGUCUCGGUACCCAUACCAAAUACCAACGGGGGCCGGGUUUUCCACAAUGCCGCAAGCUUCAGAGACGGAUACAAUCCGUAUCCUGAUUUCGACGGAUAACCAUGUCGGAUUCGAGGAGCGAGAUCCCAUCCGAAAGGACGACAGCUGGCGCACUUUCGAUGAGAUUAUGCAGCUGGCCAAGAAGCACGACGUCGACAUGGUCCUCCUCGGUGGCGAUCUCUUCCACGAAAACAAGCCCUCUCGAAAGUCAAUGUACCAGGUCAUGCGCUCUCUCCGCAAGAACUGUCUCGGCAUGAAACCCUGCGAGCUCGAGUUUUUGAGCGACGCUGCAGAAGUGUUCGAGGGCGCGUUUCCCCACGUCAACUACCAAGACCCUGACAUCAAUAUCUCCAUCCCCGUCUUCUCGAUCCACGGCAACCACGACGACCCGAGCGGCGAUGGCCACUACUGUUCUCUUGACCUGCUGCAGGCAGCGGGCCUUGUCAACUACUUUGGUCGCGUCCCCGAGGCCGACAAUAUCCAAGUGAAGCCGGUAUUGCUGCAAAAAGGGAAGACUAAGCUUGCCUUGUAUGGAGUGAGCAACGUGCGCGAUGAGCGCAUGCAUCGCACGUUUCGGGAUAACAAAGUCAAGUUCUAUCGACCAGGUCAGCAAAAGGCCGACUUCUUCAAUCUCUUGACACUUCACCAGAACCACUACGCGCACACCCCCACGAGCUAUCUGCCAGAAAACAUGCUCCCGGAUUUUAUGGACCUCGUUGUAUGGGGCCAUGAGCACGAGUGUCUCAUCGACCCUCAGCGUAACCAAGAAACUGGGUUCUUCGUCAUGCAGCCAGGGUCAUCGGUUGCUACAUCCCUCAUCCCGGGAGAGGCUGUUACCAAGCAAGUGGCUAUCCUCAAUCUCACUGGCAGGAACUUUGCGAUCGAAAAGAUUGCCUUGAAGACAGUCCGGCCAUUUGUCACGGGUGAAAUUGUUCUAGCCACGGAUAAGCGCUUCAAGGGCCUCGAGAAGAAGCAGGAUAACCGCCAAGACAUUACGAAACGGCUUAUGGCCAUUGUGGAAGAGAUGAUAGAGGAGGCCAAUGCAUCCUGGCUGUCGAUCAAUGGGGCCGAAGAGAUGGAUGACGACGAAGAGCAGCCCCUACCCUUGAUUCGACUCAAGGUAGAAUAUACCGCUCCCGAAGGGGCCAAGUUCGAGGUGGAAAACCCACAACGCUUUUCCAACCGCUUCGCAGGCAAGGUUGCGAACCAGAACGAUGUAGUCUACUUCUAUCGUAAGAAAACAGGAGCUACCAGAAAGGCAAAGGAUACCGCAAAUCUACCAGAGGGCAUCGCAGAAGCUACGGACUCGGCCGACACCAUCAAGGUCGAUACGCUUGUGCAGGAAUUUUUUGCUCAGCAAUCUCUCAAAAUUUUACCGCAAGCUCCCUUCGGGGACGCCGUCAACCAGUUCGUUAGCAAAGACGACAAGCACGCCGUUGAGCUAUUUGUAAUGGAUUCGCUCUCGACCCAGGUAAGGGGCCUGCUUCAGCUUGACGAUGAAAAGAUUGCAGACGAUCUCGACGCGCACAUCGAUGAUUUCAGGAAAGUUAUGGAGAGCAGCUUUGCUGCGGGCCUACAAAAGCAGGCCCAACGCAAGAGACGCUUCAAAGAAAAGCCCGGCGAUUGGGAUUCCGACUUGAAUGGCCACUGGACGGCUCAACCUGGCGCGCUUGAGGAGUUGCCACCCUCACCAGAGUUUGCACCCACGGGCGGACGCGGCCGCGCACAGCACACCUCCGGUGUCACUUUUAGUGAUGACGAUGACUUAUUUGUGGAUGAACCAGCAACAGAAGUGCCAGCGAAACGAACCGCGGCCGCUCGAGAAACCAAGAGGGCCCCAGCUAAGAAAGCUGCACCAGCCGCAAAGAAAGCUACUGCGCCAAAGAGGGCACCGACACGGGGUCGCAAGAAGCCUAACCCUUUCCAUGACAGUGAUGAAGAAGAAGAGGAGGAGGAGGAAGAUGUUGUUAUGGAUGAUGACGAUGAAGAAGAAGAGGAAGAAGACGAGCCACCGGCGAAAAAACCGCCGCCGCCAAAACCCACCAGAGCAACUCGUAGUGUUGCCAGAGGAGCUAAACAAACCACACUCAACUUCUCACAAUCACAAAGGCCUGCGAAAGCUCCGCAAAAGACAAUAGAGAUCAGUGACGAUGAGAUCUCAGAGGACGACGCUUUCGAAUCUAUGCCUACCACCCGAAGCAGGCGUCGAUGAAUAGACCAAGACCAGAUCAUCUGUCUGCGUAGUCUGGUAAUUGCGAUAACUUACCACGGCCACGCAGCUAACAUUGCGUGUUUGUUUGACCCUGGCCCCAUCUUGGUCUUUUCUCCUUUCUCCUUUCUCGGAGAUUAAAUGUCGCUGAAGAAGAAUUGGGCGCUUUGCACAUGUUCAACUACGGUUUACCCGGCAUUUUAACUAAAGUCAGGUUUAUGCCGGAUUACAAAUUCCAGAUUGCAACUCUGCAAGCAGCCUUCUCAUACAC